UAAUAAAAGGAUAGGUAAACAGUGUAUUAAUUAUUAUUUAAAUUGGUUGCAUUCGAAUGUUUUUCCUAUAAAAGAUGGAUGAUAGUAUCCAUACCUUAAUGUUUCAUAAUUGAUCAAAAUGGCAACCAACCAACCACAGAACUUGACCGAAUGGCAGCUACAUGAUGUUCUACAAAAAGUUAACCUUCUUCAGUAUUACGACAGUUUUAUCAGAGAAGGUAAAUUUGAUUUACUCAAGCUAUCAAAUGCAGAAGAGAGGACAUUUAAAGACGUAAUGCAAAAGGUUGGAAUGGACAAGAAACCACUGCAUGUUCGUAGAUUCAAAACCAUCCUUAGUGAAUGGGUUGCCGAUCCAGGUAAAAAUGAUCACGUGCCUAGCUACAUAAAGAAAGACUGUAAUGUGAAACUGACAAACAAUGUGGGAAAGACUCAGAAUGCUAAUCGGCCGAUUCAAAAAAGAAGAUUUACUAUUAUGGGUACAACAAAUAAUGAAUCUCAAAACAAUCCAGCAGGUACACGUGGAGUAUCAACAGCAAGUUCAGGAAGGGUUGCUAGCACCAUUGGAUUUUUGGAAACCCAGAAUAUUCCGGCAGGUACAAGUACAGUAUUAACAUCAAGAUUGGAAAGGAAUGAGAGUACCAUUGGAGAUUUGGUAUGUAGCAAAUCGGAAUGCAGAUUACAAUUUGAUUUAAAAAGUUUAUAUUUAGAUUUAUUAGAUCAAGUCGCAAUAGGAUAUCGAACUUGUGAGGCACAAACAAUAAGAACCCUACCAAGAACACAAUCACCAGCACCACUCAGUACAGGGUACCAGGAAACUCUAAGUUCAGCACUGUCUUCACAUCCGACAGCCAGUUCACAAGAUAUUAUGGAUAGAACAAGAGAACUACAAGAUGAUGAUACCAAUACUAAUGCAUUCGAUGACUUUUUACCAGAAAUUGAACAAUUUGGAGAUGUUGGUCAAAACCAGUCUGCUGACGCAUUAAAAGAUUUGCUGAUUCAACAUCGAGAUUUGACCAUAAAUAAAAUUUCUAGUGGGGAUCUGUUGCAAAUGGAGGUUCGUAGGGGUAAUGUGCUUUCGGAUGCUAUUACAAUUAUUAGAUUCUCAGAACAUGAUUUGCAUAAUCAUUUGUGCAUAAAGUUUAUUGGCGAAGACGGAGUUGACAUAGGUGGUCUAAGAAGAGAGUUCUGGAGUCUUUUCUUGCACAACAUUUCUAGUUCAUGUUAUGUAACAGGAAAGCCUGGUAGACAAACAUUUCAACAAAAUUUCGUAGAGAAAAAAAAGAAAACAUUUUUUCAUCUUGGUCAGUUGAUUGCCUUAUCAAUUCUUCAAGAUGGUCCUGGUCUACCAAUCUUUUCCGAUAUUGUCACAGAUUACAUAAUUAACGGAGAGACUGUUGUGCUAAAUCUUGACGAUCUCCCUGAUGGACUUAGAGAUACACUGGAGAAGAUGCAGGACAGUGCAUCAGAUAGUGAGGCAAGAGACAUGUAUUCAUCUGUACUUGAUAUUGCUGCUGACGUUGGUUUUAUAGUGCCUUUAACAUCAUUCACAAGAUGUCAUGUGAAACAACUGAAGGCGGCUUUUAUUGAAAGCCAAAUUUCAAGCUGCAAGGAUGAACUUAACCAGUUCAUUGAAGGUUUGGAUACACACCGAGUCCUGAGCCUGCUUAGGCAGACAGAAAACAUGGCAUCAGCAAGAAGUUUAUUCAGUGGUAGAGUGAAACCAUUAACUGUUAGUCAACUGAGAGGACUGAUAAGAUUUAAUUUUAAAGACGGCAAUGCUAAACGUGCGGAGGAGGCCACUGCACAAGGUUUUAUCACAUUCCUUCAGGCCACUAAGGGAACUGCAACUAUAAUCAAUGGGAUAAAUUUACAACCGAAGGACGUUCUAAUGUGGUUGACUGGAUCUACUAUUGUGCCAGCCAUAGGUUUCCAUAAACCUAUUGAUAUUUAUUUUUCAAGUAAAAGAACUUUUGUAAAUACGUGUGCCCUAGUCCUAAAACUGAAGACACAACCUCAUCUUUCCCCUGCAGAUGCUGUGUCAUAUUAUACAGAACUCAUUAUCAAUAGUCAAACUUUCACGAAAGUAUAGAAACAUUCAAUAAUUUUGCAUUAAUUCACCAGUGUAGGGACCUCAAGCGGUCCAAAAUGAGAAAAGAUGAAGGAGUAAUACCACCAUUGAUUUUCCCUUUUAGUCUUUAUUCAAUUUCACUUUUUUUUAAAUUUGUAGAAUCUAUAUUUGUUUUAAAUGAGUGAAGUUUUAUCCUAUUCAAUACUAUAGAUCAAAAUCUCAUAACCUUUUAUUGCAUAUUGGUAAAUAAGCAACACAAUUGUACCAGCAGUAGAUUACCAUAAACCUUUUGGUAGAGACCUUUUUUAAAUAUUUCGUGCAAUGGUCCUAAAACUGAAGAGGCAAUCUGAUAUAUCCCCAGCAGUUGCUGUGUCUGCUAAGCUCUUAAUCAACAGUUUAACCUUAACAAAAUGAUUAUGGAGAUAUAAAUUCGUAUGUACAUGUACAUUAAGAAAAUUGACUACUAAUUUAGUUCAUCCAUUUAAGAUUAUUAACUCUAUUUUAAUUUUAAUUCCAAUGUAUACCCUAACAUGUAUCUCCCAAUUAAAAUAUUGUGUUACGGAACAUGAGAAUAAAUUCGACUAGAGUGAAGAUUUCCAUGAAUGAUACCGACUCAAUGAAAAACCGGGGUAUUUCAACUAAGACAAGAAAAGAGUAGAGCUUCAGAACUUUCCUACACUAUGUUUCAACUUCAAAUUUUAAGAAAUGCUUAUCUAACUGCUAAGAAAUAAAAGGCAAUGUAAAUACAAACCAAACAAAACUGUCUAUAAUACUGUUAAUUCAGAAAUAAUACGUGUAUUUUCUAAGCAUUUUUUU